AUGGAAAAUAUUGAUUGGGAACACAUCCAUUUCAAUGAGCUGGACACAAUUUUAAGAAUCAAUAGCCAAGACACAUCAGUAAUUGAUGAAGAGGUUGGCAAGUCCACAACCCCUCUCUGUCUUGCUUGCAAGUUUAAAAGGGAGGAUCUCCUGACAGUUUUAUUGUUCCAUAGAGCAAGGACUGAUAAACGCUCCUCAAAUGGAAAAUUACCUCUCCAUUAUGCAUGUAAUCAUGCAAGUGGCAACCGAGGUAUGGUUAGAAAACUCCUGGAGGCUAAAGCUGAAAUUGAUGCACGGGACUCUAGCGGGAAUACAAGCCUGCAUCUAGCUUGCAAGCAGGCCAACAUCCCAGUCGUUGAACUUCUGAUUGAAAAUGGUGCAACAGUAAACCUCGGAGAUAGAAAUGGAGAAACUCCUUUGGUUGUUGCCUGUUAUUCCUUUUCUACGGACCUGGUGAAUGUUCUCCUGAAGGCAGGUAGUGACCCAAAUGUAUUAGGAGGAUGUCCAGUCCAGGUGGCUGUUGGUUAUUCAUCUCCUGCACUGUUGAAUCUUUUGAUAGCCGCAGGUGCGCACUUGACUGGGAGAGGAUACUUGAGUCUUGCUUGCGUGUACGGCCAUUUUUCAAUUAUCAAGACACUUUUAGAGAGUGGAGCAGAUGUGAACGAACUCAACUUCAUGAACAUGACACCUCUACAUUCGGCACUUUACGCCCCUCAAUCCAGUACCAAUAUUGCUCGACUUCUCCUGAGGAGCGGUGCCAAUAUUCACGCAGCCCCACUUCUGCAUCUAGCCUGCGAUAAAUCAGACACAGCCAAAAUUAAACUUCUACUGGCCUAUGGAGCAGACGCGAAUGUUAGAGAUCACCUUGGCUGCUCUCCACUGAUAAAGUUAGUGGAUUUUUUUCAGAACGGGUUACUGGAGCCUAAGAAAAGGCAUCUUCAAACUAUGCGGCUGCUAAUUGCAGCCGGCAGCAAACUGUCGCAAGGUCACUUAAGUGGUACAAAUAUGACAAACUGGUUGACGGAACCGAUGAGUGUUGAAUUAAAAGCUACGCUGGAAUUGCUGGUAUAUAUGGCAGCCAAUCCACCAGACUUGCAGUUUCAGUGUCGUAUAGUUAUAAGAAGGUCCAUUCCACCAAAUAAAGAUGAACAUAUUGUUGAGUUACCUUUACCUCCUAAGAUUAUACGAUAUUUAACAUUUGAUGAGAUUGAGUAA